AGAGAAAGAGAAAGAAAGAGAGAGAGAGAGAGAUCCAAGCAAAGCGAAGCUAAGGAAAGCGAGCUCCUCUGGAUCUUCAAUGGCGGAAGCUUGGGAACUUGAUAAAGGUACCACCUUUGAUCGAUUCUGAUGAGAAGGAACGAUCGGUGAUCGAUCGGCGGCAGCGAGGAUGCAGAUACGGCUGUCGCCGAGCAUGAGGAGCAUCACCAUAUUGGCGGGCAGCGGUGGAGGUGGCGGCGGAGGUGGCUAUGGCUUAUUGGACCUCAUGAAGGUCAAGGUCGCCGCGCGGCACGUAUCGUAUCGGACGAUGUUGCAGACCGUCCUCAUCCUUGCUUUUCUCCUCCCUUUCGUCUUCAUCCUCACCGCUGUUGUGACCCUUGAGGGGGUCAACAGCUGCUCGUCUUUUGACUGCUUAGGAAGGCGGUUUGGGCCGAGUUUUCUUGUUAGGAGUGAUGAUCAAUCGAGGAGGCUUGUGAGGAAUCUAUACAAGACACUUGAUCAAGUAAAUGCUGAAGGAAUUCCAGAUGGCAUGAAGGCGCUGAGUUCAUUUGAAGAGUUCCUUUCUGAAAUAAAGAAAGGCCAGUUUGAUGCCAGGACAUUUGCAAUAAGUCUCAAGGCGACAAUGGAAAAUAUGGAUAAGGAGAUAAAAAAGGCAAAGCUUUUAGAGCAGUUGCACAAGCAUUUUGCAGCAACUUCUAUUCCUAAAGGCAUCCAUUGUCUAUCAUUGCGUUUGACUGAUGAAUAUUCAUCAAAUGCUCAUGCACGGAAACAAUUGCCUGCUCCAGAGUUGUUACCCUUUCUUUCUGAUAAUUCUUUACAUCAUUUUGUUGUAGCAAGUGACAACAUUCUUGCUGCCUCUGUUGUGGUCACUUCAGCUGUGAGAUCUUCUUUGCACCCUGAGAAGGUGGUCUUUCAUGUCAUAACUGACAAGAAGACUUACCCUGGUAUGCAUUCAUGGUUUGCUUUGAAUCCUCUUUCCCCUGCCAUUGUGGAGGUGAAAGGUGUUCACCAGUUUGACUGGUUGACUAGAGAAAAUGUACCUGUUCUUGAAGCUAUAGAAAAUAAUCUUGGUGUUAGAAAUCACUACCAUGGAAAUCAUCUCAUGGGGACCAAUCUCAGUGAUCCCCCUAGGGUUGUUGCUUCGAAGCUGCAGGCUAGGAGUCCGAAAUACAUUUCUUUGCUGAACCAUCUUCGCAUAUAUCUCCCUGAGCUUUUUCCAAACCUCAGCAAGGUGAUAUUUCUUGAUGAUGAUGUAGUUAUUCAGCGUGACUUGUCGCCACUUUGGGACAUCGAUCUUUCGGGAAAGGUAAAUGGUGCUGUAGAAACUUGCAAAGGUGAAGAUAAAUGGGUGAUGUCUAAGCGGCUGAAAACAUACCUCAACUUCUCCCAUCCCCGCAUAGCCAGCAAGUUUGAUCCUGAUGAGUGUGCUUGGGCCUAUGGAAUGAAUAUCUUUGAUUUGAGUGUGUGGAGAAAGACAGACAUCAGAGAUACUUACCAUCACUGGAUCAAAGAGAAUCUGAAGUCGAACCUGACAUUGUGGAAGCUUGGAACACUUCCACCAGCGCUGAUAGCAUUCAGAGGACACAUACAUCCUAUAGAUCCAUCUUGGCACAUGCUAGGCCUGGGUUACCAAGAGAAGUCUGACAUUGAUAGCGUGAGGAAGGCUGCGGUGAUCCAUUACAAUGGUCAGUGUAAACCAUGGCUAGAGAUUGGGUACAAACAUCUUCAACCUUUCUGGACAAAAUUUGUGAAUUACUCCAAUGAAUUUAUAAGGAACUGCCAUAUCUUGGAGCCUUAAUUAUAUAGAUGGAAUAGGCACGUCAGAGAAUUAUUCAUCGAAGGCAGGAUACUAGGAAUUGGGACUUGAGGCAAUGGUAACACAGAAGGAAGUCUUUGAUCGAGUUAUCUGUCUACAUUCAAUACCAUAUGCCGUCCUUCCCGGUCCUUGCCUUUCAGUGAUGAAUAGCUACAUUGCUGGUUACACGAUAUUCUUUCCAUUUUGUAACAUAUCAGAUCUGUGUUCUAUAGAAUACUCGACAGUUGAUCUAAAAGGCUCUUCUGGAGGGUCAUAUUGACCCUGUUUUUGAGCAAAGAGCGUACGUAGAAGCAUAACCGUCCCCAUGGAAUUGCUAUGGGUUGAACAACAAGCUGGAUAAACCAUACAGGAGACGGGGUUUAAAUUAUUUUGUUCAAAGGUGCCGGCAUAACUACUUCCUCUCUUUCUAGUUUGAUACAUGUUUACUAUUUUUUUCCCUCUAUUUUGUUAUGUAUGCAUAUGUUGAUUCUAGUGUUCAUGGAGAUAAAAUUGUUUCAAAUCCAAGAACUUGUGCUGAUAACAAGCUGGAUAGUUGUUUUCAUUCACAAGAUAUUGGAAAUGUGCAGAUGAUUCUUUUUAUCAUCUUUCUGUUAUCUUUA